GUUUGGCAGAGCUGGCCUCUAGAAAGUACAAACCGGCCGCUAAGUGCUUCCUCCAGGCUUCAUUUGACCACUCUCCUGUCCCCAGUAAUGUAAGCGGUGUAUGGAGGGAUGUGUGCUCUGGCCGCACCUUCGACAGACAGGAACUACAGAAGAACAUCAUCUCAAGCAGCUCCUUUAAGUUGUUUUUAGAGUUGGAGCCCCAGGUGCGUGACAUAAUCUUCAAGUUUUACGAAUCAAAGUACGCAUCCUGUCUGAAACUACUGGAUGAGAUGAAGGAUAACCUUCUAUUGGAUCUGUACCUGGCCCCCCACGUUAGAACACUGUACACACAGAUCAGAAACAGAGCCCUUAUACAGUACUUCAGCCCGUAUGUGUCUGCAGACAUGACUAAGAUGUCCCAGUCCUUCAACACCACAGUGUUAUCCCUGGAGGAUGAACUGACCCAGCUCAUACUGGAGGGACUGAUCAACGCACGUAUAGACUCUCACAGCAAGAUCCUGUAUGCGAGGGACGUGGACCAGAGGGGCCAUACGUUUGAGAAGUCUGUCCACAUGGGCAAGGAGUUCCAGAGACGAGCCAAAGCCACGAUCCUCAGAGCUCUCACAGCAGAUCCUGCAUGCGAGGGACGUGGACAGAGGAGCCAUGUUUGA